AUGUCCGAGUCCAACAACCUUCACGAACAAACUCAACCUGGCGUAUCUGUCAAUGAACAGCCAACCCAAGCCGACGCUGCGCCCAAGAACAAAGAUGACCGGCUCCACCUCCAUGACAGUGUCAUCGAACAGACAGCCGAAGUCUAUGGCCUCGACUACCUUGGCCCCGGUUUCGAUCCGUCGACCAUGCCCCCGACUUCAACAGGUGGCAUUACCCUGCAUCAUUCCCAUAUCAGAGGUAACGCCAAGGUUACUGGCGGAAGCCACUACGCAGAGUCGCUGGGGUCCAUCCAGGCAAAAGAGCAAGCCAAACUGGCGGCCAUCCAGACACAGGCCACAGCGAAAGUGAACGAAAAAUGGGCCGAAGGGCUGAUUAGUCUGACAGCAGCUGGCAAGAUGUCUCCCGAUGAAUUGAUCCAGGCUUUAGCCCAAAUGAAGCAGAGCAAUGAAGGGACGCCCGCGUUCAUGGGAGGCAUGCCAGCAGCUAACGGGUUUGUCCACCCGGGUGUGAUGGCCAUGCAUCCCGGGGUACCUAACGGCUUUUUCAACCCCCCGUUCAUGGCUGGGGCGCCAGCCGCAAUCCAAUAUGCACACCAGCACCCUCAAAUCUUGAACAGUAGCCAAGUCGGUGCGCAAGGGAUGCAGGGCCUCCAGUGCCAGACGGGUACCGCGACUCCUAUGCAGAACAGCCCCGUCUCAGGAGGCCACCCCAACGCCCCCACUACCUUCUCGUGGUCGGUCUCUGCGAGCUCCCAAGAGUCUUCACACACCCCAAGCAACCAUUCCUCGCCCUUGGAUUCAUCCCCUCCGCCCUAUUCCAAAGAAAACAGCACAGAUCCCAAAGUGAAUCAGGACAUUCCUACUCAUGCGGUCCCGAACUUGGAAUGUGUUGGCAAGGUAGUGCAGUCGGCCCUCCAGCGGUUGGAUAUUAGCGAUACCAAGAGCGGCCAUGGCCCCUCCGUAGCAAUGGGUGGUCCCGAUGUCUCGACAGUGGCCGUGGCUGGUCGGAUGUGA